CCUUCCCCCAUCUCUCCUCUUCCCCAUCAGUGUAACCAAGUGCACCUUCACGCCAUUUUCUCCCCCUUUUCCCUCCCCCAUUUUCUCCCCCUUUAUAUCAUUCCUGAUAUAACCACUGUUAUUGUCAGUAGUGCAGUUGGUAACACUGAUACCAUUGGUGCACUUGGUUACACUGAUGCCACUGAUGCCUUUCCAGAUGCUGUUAUGGUUGCUUUUGACCCGAUUCUUAAAAUAGCUUCACCUGUUGAUGCUUCUGUCAGUUCUGAUGUUUCUAUUACUACACCUUUGGCUAAUUUUUAGUAAUAAUAGUGGUGUUUAUUUAUUUGUUGUUAUUAGGUUAAUGGAGGAUGUAACAUGUUUGAAUGGAUUGAUGCUGAAAUGUGUCCAAGAUCGAAGGUGAUUAUACCAGGUCUGUUGAGGAAGAUCAACAAACUGCAGCUUCUACUUGAAGAGAAAAAUGCAAUGCCCCAAAAGAAGAAGAUAUGGACUGUGUUAUGCUGUCUUGUAGGAGGACUGAUGAUGCUAGCAUUAUGCGUUUUUUAUUUUGACGUUGAAAAGAAAAAUAAGUUAGAUUGGGAGUAUUGUGAGGUUUCAAUUCGGAAAUCCCUUACUGUAACUUUGGGUAUUUCCUAAUUUGUUUGUGUAUGUAGUAGUAAUGUGUAGUUGAAUGACCAUUGUUGUAACCGUAAGACAUGCCAUAUGCAUGUGUGUUGUUUAUGGAGAAAUUGUAUGUUGAUUAUCA